AGGUUCCAGGCUACAAUGGAAAUAAUCAUGGUGUCCAGAUAUCAGCUUUGCUAAGACCAUGAGCAGCAUGAACAGUCCGAGUACCCUCAGCUUCACCACGACGACCGGUACAUCCUCCAGCAGACCUAGCAGUCGCCGCGGGUCGGUGUCUACAGCAGACGACACGUCCGAGUGUAUGGAGCCCUACUUCCAGCUCAGCCCGGCCCCGGCCACUACCUCGCAACCCUACAACUUCUCCCGCAGUCCCUCGCAAUCUGUCAAGCGCAAGCCUCGCAAGAAGUGUAAGGACCUCAGUCACUUCAACUCCGUGCCUCCUAUCGGUCACAUGUCCAGGUCCAACUCCAACAGCUUCUCUCCCUCUCUAUCGCUCAUCUCUCCUACCGACUCGGGCCCCAAGAGUCCCAGGAGUUACCACGCUCCAAAGUCACCUCAGGAACACUCCCCUAGGAUAGCCAAUCGUUCCCCGUCGGAGCCCAAGUCACCAAGAAAGUCUCCCUUGACGCCGACGUCGAACCACUUCAAUUUCCCUCCGAGCCCGUCAUAUUCUACAAAGAGCCCUGGGACGUCGAAGAGAAAAUUCUCGUUCAGCGGUCCUCCCAAAAGCCCGAAGAGUCCUAGCACGGUAGGUUGA